CCGACGUCAUUAGUUUAGCAUGUCUUUAAUCGCUUACCAAAAUGCCAAUGAAUACAACUUGCCCGGGUCAACUUUGCCCACGGGGCGUCCUAACUGGCGACACGAUGAGACAACUUGUGGCCUUCGUCGUCGGGCUCUCACUGACAGUUUUUGUGCGGGCGCAGGACCAAAUCCAGAUCCAGUUCCAGACAGACCCGGUGCUUGUGCUCAGCGGCACCGAAAUCCAGUUCACCGUAAUAACCGUCCCCGAUGUGCUGUCCAUGACGUGGUUGUACGAGGGCGUCACGCUGGGUCUGUUCGCCGGCGGCUCCCCCGUCAUCAACGAGGUGCCGCAGUUUCGUGGCCGGGUCACCAUCACGGCAACGCAGCUCCGCAUCGGAAGCGCCCAGCUGGGGGACGCUGGGAUAUACACGGUGGAGGUGGUCCCGCUCGCCUCCACGGGCCUGACGCCCAACUCCAGAUCAGUACCUCUGAGGGUUUUUGACGCCGUAUCCGGGGUGACUCUCUCUGUGCCGUCGGUGGCGACGGAAGGCGGGAACAUCACACUGAUGUGCACCUCGGGCGGCACAGAGCUCACCUUCCAGUGGGGAAAGGGUGGCGUCACAGUCACCGAAGACGGCAGGAUAACCAUCGCCGGCGGCUCGCUGGUCAUCAACCCGGGCCAGCGGGCCGACACCGGAGACUACACGUGCACAGUCAGCAACCCGGUCAGCGCCCUCGCUGCCACGCAAAGUCUCACCGUCUUCUACGGACCUGACACCCCAGUCCUGACCAAGGACGCCCCCAAAGACUGCGUGGGCAGUGCCGACGUCCAGGCGGGCCAGAUCUUGCGUCUCACCUGCCUGUCGGACUCGUUGCCCCCGGCCCUCUUCACGUGGCAACGCGACGGCGAGACCGUGGCGUCGGCACAGCCCGACAGCGGUGUGCUCAGCGUCCAGACCUCGUCCACAGACGACAGUGGCCGCUACACGUGCACCGCCAGAAACGCCGUCACCAGCGGCACGUCGGAGCGCGCGACGGACGUGUCCGUGGAAAACACUUGUCUGGACGCUGGGGAAGUGGCGGGCAUCGUGAUUGGCAGCUUUCUGCUGCUCGUCAUCCUGGUGCUGCUUAUUGUGUUGCUGGUGUGUCUCGUGCUAAGGAGCCGGGCUCGACAAAGGCAAGGAGAAGCCGUCGUGGUACAGAAGAACCACACAAAUCCCCGGCCUCUACCUCCAGAUCAACGUGUUAACAUCGCUAGGAAUCCAAGCCAAGGUCCUGACCCCCCUGUCUUUCAAUCAAACACGCAAGCCCGUCGUCCCCCAGGGUUGUACGCCACCCAGCGCCAAAGGCCUGGCUACCUGCAGGCACUACAGCUUAGCAACUUGCAACAAAACGGCACUGCGCCUGAACUUCGAGGCGACGUUAGACACAACGCAUCCUCGUACCCGCUUAAUGGCGUCGACAACCCGGCUUUCACGCGAGCAGACGCGCAGCAGAUCAAUCCAAACAUUGUCAUCCAGACAGGUGCCGCCCAAAGCAGUCAACGACCUGCGGGGGUCCAGCUGAGUCUGACGCAAGGUUCCCAGCAUAAUGCACAGAUGCCCACCAUUCAUGUCAACCUUAACGCCUUCCCUCAGCAGGAAACCAUUAAUAAUGCUACCCAAUUAAUAGACACAGUGCAGUCAAAUCCCCGAAUGCAAAGCGGGUCCGCCCACCAGGGUCCAGCUGCGAGUCUUCAAGCUCAGCCAGGGCUCAUCCCGACUCGAUACACACACUCGCACGCUUCUCAGCGCAAUGCCAAGACACAGACUUACCAACAGGAAGGCCUUCGUACCUCCUCCCACCGGCAGAUGCCGUGGGAUCGCCUACGAGGGACACCGGCGUAUCCUAGCGGGACCCUUCCGAGGGGACUGACCUCAGACACUACGGACUACACCAACCAUCCACCUUUGAGACAAAACCAAACGCAGCCGCGAGGUAGAAAUGCUUUUCGGGAGGACACAGCCGCUGCAGGUCGGGGGGACCGGACGAGGAGCCACUCAGCUGAUUUUUGGGACUUGCACACCCUGACAGUGCCGCAACUUGAACCCGCUGACCACUUGCACAGAAAACCCCCGACGCAAAGGGAGAGGGCCAGGCUAGACUCGACGGUUCCACCUGGUUUUCAACCCGUCUCCAGCCAGGACACCACGCAAAGUACCAACCCUUUUGUGAGCCAGCAAGCUGCUUUCAGACAAAGUGACCCAUUUAGUUCGGAUACCAGAGCACUGGCUGAUCCGAACCACCUCCUCCAAGCACAAGUGGCCCAACAACAGAAGGCGGCACUGGCCCAAGCGCAAAGCCAAGCGGCUCAAACCCGCAGCCCUGGCCGACCUCGCCAAGCAGCCCCAGUCUCGAACCAGCGUCAACCCAGUGCCCUCACUCAGGCGGCACUUAAAUCCCAUACAGAGAGUGCGCAGACCUUCCAGAACCCGAGACAACAAACCCAAGCAGCCCUGCUUCACCCCGGAUCCCAGGGUCAGCCGACUUCUGCCACCGGGGGACCGCGACCGCCUACCCCGCCGCCUGUUAUCCCCUUCACUCGGUUCCAGAGCCUUCCCAGGACCGACACCCAUCACAAAUCGCAUCAACACCGCCCCGGGAACGUUGGACACAAUCAUCAACCUCCAAAAGUGGUUGCCCACGCACGAGGGCAUGCCGCCCACGCUAGACACGGCCGUACCACUCACGGCCGUGCCGGCCACACCACCCACCCACGGCAGGCUCACCGAGGGAGGCCGAGGUGACGACAGAUCUCGGCAGACGAGUCGCACUCUGCUCCUUUGUCUCGUCUUCCCGCUCAUACAGCUGAUGUGAGCUGUGAAAACGCCGAAACAGCAACAAAAAAGGUUCCUUGCUCCUAAAGCUGGUAUUUAUUAAAAAAAAAAAAAAAAAAAAACUCCGAAACGGUGGAUGAAGCAUAAGCAGACAAGUUCAGUGAGCCAAGCUUACAUAAUGCCGUGAUUCAUCAUUCAAACAUGACUAAAUGCACUUCGGUGCUGAGCCUCCCCACUGAAACCCUAAUGCACUCUGAGGCUAUGUCUACGUGAACAUGGGUAUUUUUAAAGACUGAUACUUUUUAAAGUAUUUUGACCUCAUAGUCACCAUUGAUGUUCUUGUCUUUUCUGGAAAUGACUUUCUUCAGCCUGCUGACUGGCUAAAAUGGUCUCAUAGGGGUUAUAACGCCACCUUUUGCUUUUACAUGCACCCUUAUCGUGUUUUGUUUCUUUUCAAACUUUAUUUUCAAGGGUUUUGAUGAGUACGUAUAAGAUUCUCCCUUUUUGUCAUUUCGCCUUUGGGGUUCCUUGUCUUUCCCGGAAAUUACUUUUUUUUAGCCUUUUGAUUAGCUAAAAUUGUCUGGUACAUGUUGUAUUGCCACCUUUUGCUUUGGCAUGCAUUUGUUUUGUAAUUAUUUGUUUUAAUGUCAUUUUUAAGUGUUUUAAAGUAUUAUAUAAGAGUCUCCCGUUCCUACAUUCAUCACUGUCGCUUUUGUGCCUUUUCCAGAAAUAAAUUCAGCCUGAUUGGCAACAAAAUAAAUAAAAGCCUUGUAGGUGUUACAGUGUCACCUGUUACUUGGUAUGCACUUUUAAAAUAAAAAAUAAUUUUCAAGGGUUGUAAGGAAUAUCGUUAAACAAAUAAUUCCCCCCUUCCUCCUUGCACUACAGUUGUUCUUAUGCCUUUUCCUAGAGACUUUCUUCACCAGUCUGUUUAACUAAAAUGGCCUGGUACAUAUAUUUUUUUUUAUUUUGCGUGCACUUUUGUAGUGUUUUUUUUUUUUUGUGGAGCAUCUCUGCUUGUGAAAUUUCCUAUUUUCUAAAUUCACCAGUUUGUUUUAACAUUAUUUUAAAGUGUUUUUAAGGAUCUCUCAAAUCACUUUUUUGGGGGGUGAAAAGUAUUUAAAAAAAUACCCAUGUAUCUGUGGACAUAGUCUUAAUGAGAAAAAAAUGCAAAUUACAUGAUACCAAAUGAGCUAUACAGGGCUGUCUUAAUGUACAAUAGACUAUUUAUUUUGUGCCUUCUGUUUACGGAUGCUCGUCGCGACACUUCUCAAUUAAGAGGAUUGGCCUCGGCGGAGCCGGGAAGCGAUGCUCGGCUAACCAUGAAGGGGAUGCGACAAUUGGACGGGUGCUUAUUAAUUAAAGGCUUUUAUGCGACUUAAAUGAGUUGGGGAAAUAAUCGCACCAAUGCAUGCGUGAGGUCAGCACAAAGAGCCGAGCUAAGUCCAGCCGGAGUCGCUUUCUGCUGAAAAAGCCAAUUUACUGUCUAAUGUCUGGUUUAUAAUCAUGGAGGAAUGUCAUUAUUAUAUGUAUUUAUUGAUUUUGAAUUUUCUUUACUCAGGGAUGUCCUUCCGAAUGUUUUAUGUAGCUUGUGGAUGUCAUAAAUGAUAUUUUUCAAGUUUUAUACUGCCAAGAAAAAAGUUGAUAGUGCCAAAGGUAACAAUGUAUGCAAGUGCUAUCUAUCGCUUAUGAUUAUGAGCAAAUAAUAAAAGUCUGUUUACAAUGCACAUAUUGCAUGAAUGGCCAAUUUGUUCUCUCAGUGAACUAAUAGCACUUCGUACAUUUCUUUGGGGAAGGACCCGAUUUAUUUUGAAUGAUAUUCGACCCCCGGUGGGCUGAGGUUGAAGGUAAAACGUAUGUAACUAUUGUUAUAAUGAAUCCCCUCACUUUCACUGUAUUGAUAUCAUGUGGUAAACUAUCCAACAGGCCGGAAGAUAGCUGGGGUGAAAAAGUCAAAAAAAAAAUUAUUUUUUUUUUCUCUCUCCAUCGGUAAUCUACCACUUGCAAUUUUUACCAAACCUCUGACUUUCAGGUACUAUUUUUUUUUUAAGGUAUCUCCUACUGAUUUUAAGUGCUAAACAAACCAAGAAGAAUGUAUUGAUAAUUUUUAGCAGUAUUUACCCCCUUAAAAUCAAUCUUAAAGUCAUUGUUUUCUGUUUUCUAAGCACACUUUUAUGCCUUGAAUUAAAAAGUAAAACCCAUUGCCGUUUGCUGUGUUUGUAUAGCACGCAGCUGGUGUGAAAAGGUCAAAACUCUUGCAGGCGCUUUUUAAAAGCACUGUUUAUUUUUGUCGCUUGCGAGCAUUUUCACCAUGUUUAAAUUUAGACAAGUGAAGAGCUGUCAUGGCUUGUGGAGUAGAACAACACAAACCUCCCGUGUGUGUUGUGAUGCUUGAAUCGCUGCAAAUAUUCAAUGCUGAAUGACUGUUUGAUUGCAUGCAGUUCACAGUAUCUCCUCAGCAUGCCUUCAUUGUGUUGUUGUGUAACCGGGUAUCAUUAGUGCCUUUCACGCAGUGUUUUCAACUAAUUGGCGUUUCGUAGCUGUAACAGUAAAGAAAAACAACCAAAGCGGGACUUUGGUGCAACUGUGUGCACAUUUCAGGGGCGAGAGAAGUGAGACACAGAGCCUCCACCAUCCGGCCUAUAGCCCCUUUCACACUGCCUCGAAAAAGAUGGCUUCUUUCAGUGUGGAUAGUUUGUAUGGACGGUACAGACAUGAGUGGGUUUGAAGUUGACCCAAGGUUGUAUCAGAGCGGCAUAGUAAAGACAGGACAGUGUCUGUCCAGCACCUUUCACACGAACAGUCAAAGCUGGCUUUUUGUGUGUGUUGUGUGAAAGGUUUCAACAACACUACAACAAGGGUUGUAGUCAAUCCACCAAUUUCCCCCAAAAUACUCUGGUAGAAGUACAGAUUCAACUCAUUUAUUUAAGUAAAAGGAAAACAAGUACAGAUUGAAAUGUACUUAAAAGUAAGAAGUAUUUUUAAAGUUGUUUUAUUUUUACUCUUGAUAACUUGGCACAACGAACAAAACAUUCUCCGCAAACAAAAUACCUGGUCGAUUUCGUCAGUCCCUUAUUGAACGCUAAAACGGUCUCUCAUACACACAAAUACAAAAUUAGAACACUCGCAAUCAGUCACAGUAGGUCACAACUCACAUCAGGCACUCGCAGAGAGAAUAACUAGCCAGAAAAAAAAAAAAUGGGUGGGUUGCAUCAGGAAGGGCAUCUGGCAUAAACAUUGUGCCAAACUAAUCAAGCAAGUGACUUGAAGGUUUUGAGACUCCACAUAUCAU